AGUUUUGCAUCACGUGAGUAGUGAAACCGCGUAAACAUUAAAAAAGUUGAGAAGUUUAUCCAAAUUACUCGUCUAGUGAAUUAAAUAAGAGAGCUGUUGGGAGAUAUCAGCAUUAUAUGGGACAGUCCACGGUGUUGGAAGAUAAAGUUCGUGUUUGUACCUUCUCACUACUGACUUGCUUAAAGAGCACUUUUAUUUUCAAAACUCUAUGAUUGAAUCGUUAGAAUAAUAAUUUUUCGAUAAAAUCACGUUUUAUGGACAGAAUUAUAACUAGCAUGCGAAUUAACAAUCAAGUUUUUGGCACGAAUAUUUAACAAUAUAAACAUGUACAGGCACGUCUUUAUAUGAAAAGUAGUGGAUCAACGAACCGAUCAGCAUGUCAGUAUGAAAUUUGCUCAGAAAAACAACAUGUCGAAUGGUGCGAAGCAAGAAAACGCACAAGAUGCAAAAAUGUUAUCUUUUGUUGAAGUGAAAUAUCACGAGCCAAAAGAGCCUAUUGAAAAAUUGGUGCUAAAACCCCGUCAAGCCACGACUUCCGUCCCAAAUCCACCACCCUCCGGUCCACCGUCCAGAUCGUCCAGAUCAAAAAUAGAAGAAAUGAAACAUAUUAUUGCAAAAUUAAAAACUGAUCUUGAGAAUGAAAGAAUAAGAUCCCGUCAAAUAUAUAGAGAUAAGUUUACAGAGAUUAGCAAAGUUAAAGAGGACUCUAAUAGAGUUAAAGAGCUGGCUAUAAAAGACUUGGAGAAAAAAUUUUCUAUAGAAAAAGCAAUAGAAGUACAAAAAGUUAAGGAAAAUAUCAUUAAAGAGAAGGAUAACGAAAACCGGCGUUUAGUUAAGGAAAAGGAGGAUGAGAUAAGGAGGCUGAAGUCGAGUCUAGUAUCCGAAAGGGAAAGAGCCGUUAAUGCAGCGAUACAAAUUCAAAAGAAAUCCUUAAGGGAACAACAUAACGCAAUCCUAAACCGUUAUAAAAUACUCCAGGAUGAGGUUGAUAGCUUAAAACGAGAUAAAAUCGUUCUGAGCGAGAGAUUAACUGAAAAGGAACGGGAAAUUUUGAAGGUUAAUCCUUUAACAUCUACCCCAAGGUCUGGUACUUACAACCUUGAUGGAGAAGAGGAUACGAUUAAAAAAGCCAUUAUCCCGAGAUUAAAAAUCUUUAUAUCUCGAGAGGAUAGUUUACUUUGGUUUGCUUAA